AUGUCAUUCGGCUUUAUCCUGCAGAUCGUUCUCUCUGUUAUAAUGGUGAUUCUUACUCUAGCCCAAGCAUUCUUGUAUAUUUUUGCGAAAAACACUGGUGCUAAUGCUUCCUUUGGAUUUCUUCUGCUGUACGCAACCACCAUGCCUGCGUCUUGGGGCAUUAUUUUAUCCCUCAUGGUUGUGGAGCGUUAUCGCCUGUGUCCCAAGCUCUAUAGCAGGGGUCACGGAUUCCCGCUUUUGUUGUUUUGGACUGUCAGUUUUGUAUUGAUAAACCUUCCUUUAUCGUCUCUCGGCAAUCCCUCUUGGUGGUGGUCAUUAGGAAGUGCUACAGACAAGACCGAGAUGGGAGUCUGGAUCUCACAGUACAUCUGCGUCCUACUUCUAUUCUUACUAGGAUUUAUGGCCCCCGGUGCGCCGAACUAUGCCAUGCUUUACGAACAGUUGUUGGACGAUCCUCAAUUAAACCAGACGUCUCGACCUGUUAGCCGUUGGCAGCGUUUUUGUCGCCGCGCAAUUUUCCUGGCGCCAUUCAUCUGGCCAAAAUCACGCAUCCUCUUGCAAUUAAACAUUAUCAUCUGUGUCUCCAUAUUGUUUGUGGCUCGUGUUGUUAACCUCUACGUCCCUAUAUUUUACAAAAAUAUCAUAAACAGUCUGACGCCAAACUCAACCGACACGCAUAAUGUGAGUCACGUUGUUCAACAGAUGAGAUCGGGAGAUUUCAGUUACAUUUACGUGACGUUAGUUGGUCCCAGUGGCUUGGUCUACCGUUGGGAUCUGGUUCUCUACUACAUCGGCAUUCGGGCUGUCCAAGGCGUUGGUUCGCCGAGUUCUGGUUUGCUUGGAGCUCUACAAUCUCAACUCUGGAUAUCCGUUGACCAGUACUCUUCUCGAACUCUCGGCGUAUACUUGUUCAAGCAUUUACACGGGCAAUCCAUGAAUUGGCAUCUCUCACGAAAGACGGGUGCAAUGCUUCGAAUCGUCGACCGUGGCACAUCGAGUGUUUCCAGUGUGAUUGGCUAUCUCUUCUUCAACAUUUUGCCAACCAUCGUCGACAUUAUCAUUGGCAUUGUCUACUUCAUUGCUUCUUUCAAUUUUUGGUAUGGUCUGAUCGUGUUCGUCACGAUGCUCUGCUACCUUGUUACGACAAUCAUUAUCACCGAAUGGCGUAACAAGUUGAGACGAGUUAUGAACGAUUUGGACAAUGCCAAGAAUGCAGUCGCGGUUGACUCCUUGAUGAACUUCGAGACGCCUCUGACCUUCGAAGCACUUGUUGUGUCCGUCCAGGUGAAGUACUACAACGCGGAGCAGUUUGAGGUGGACCGCUACAACACGGCCAUAGUCGCGUACCAGAAGGCCAAUUGGGUCAACCUCACCUCGCUGUCCUUCCUCAACAUCACCCAGUCGCUCAUCAUCACGCUGGGUCUGCUGGUGGGCACGCUGCUGUGCGCUCGCGACGUCGUGAUUGGCGCCCUGACGGUGGGCGACUUUGUUCUCUUCUGCACGUACAUCCUCCAGCUCUACAUGCCCCUCAACUUCUUCGGCACGUACUAUCGGUGA